AAAGCAAAAUAGCUAUCGUUUUGUUAAGUUAGUUUAACUUUUUUAUUUUUGGAAUAAUUAUAUCAUAGUAUAGAAACUAUUGAUUUUAAAUGUAUAUAUGUGUAUAUUAGUAAGCUUUUACAUUAUGGAAGUAUGUAAGUAUAUCAUUAUUUAAUUUAAAAAAAUGAAAUGGUUAUAUUUUAGUUUGGAAUUUAAUGAUAGUAAUGAUGUUAUUUUAUAAUAGAAUAUUGAUAUUAAAUCAAACAUGGAAUCCAUUUCAACUCCAGAUGUAUUAAAUAUUCCAAAUGCCAAUGACAAUAACUAUAAAUAUAUAGAUGGUGUAUGUAUUUAUACAGAUCCAAAUUCUAAGAAGGAGUACACUUGGAAUAAGGAGAAAAAUAAAUGGAUUGAAAAGGGUUUUGAAAACUAUGAAUAUGAUGAAAUUCAUAAAACAUAUAAAUAUGUUAACAAAGAAACAAGUAUAUAUGUCAAACAAUAUUUAAUAGAGUUACCAAUCACCCAAUUUAUUUUAAAUGAUAUAAUAAGUGUAAUAGCUAGGGCCUGGAAUUAUAUGCAUCUGCAUAUUUUUAUUUAUUAUAUUAAAAAGUAGCUCAAUAAGGCAUUCAUUUAAAUCUUGGCUUAAUAAUACAUUAAGCUAAGAUUUGAUUUUGCAUAUUUUUGAAUUUUUAGAACAUUUUUAAUUAUUAUUAUACAAUUUUACCAUCUUUAAAGAACUUUGAGCUUAAGUCAGCACUUGUUAAAAAUGUUUAAUUGAGCUUAAAAUUUAGGAGACUUAAUUUUAGGUGUAGUGAAACAAAUUUCCAACUAACACUUCAAAAUUUGACUAAAAAUAUUUAAUACAAGUUCAAUGAACAGUUCAAAUAUUAAAAUUUUUUGUUCAAUUUCAUACAUUUUAAACUAAAUAAAUUUAACAUGAAUACAUUUUUUUGCAUAUUUAAAUGAUAAUAAGAGUGCAUAUAUAAAUACAUGCAUGUUUCAUACAUUUUUAGUGCAUUUAAAUCUUGGCUCUUUUAAUAACUUAUUAGUACCUAAUUUUAUUUUUAAAAAUCAGUGCUUAUUAUCAACUGGAUGUCAAAACAAAAUUGAAUUAUUUAGGUAAAUAUUUAUUCAAAUUGUCUUCAAAAUACCAAUUUAAUGUGCUGGGUAUCAAUAGGUCUAUAAUUUUAUCCUUUCCAAAAGUGAAAAUUAACAUUUUUUCAGAUUUAAAAAUGAAAUAUUAGUACAGCAUGGAUCAAAUCAUCAAAGAGAAAAAAUUUACUAGAUAUAGUUAUAUAAGUUUAAAACUAUCUAUUAAAGAUAAGAAAAAAUAAUAAGUAUUAACUAGGAAAUAUCAGAUAAUUAUUUAAACUUAAAAACUUUAUUAUCUUGUGGGAUAUAUAUUAUUAAUUUAUUUAAGGGCCGAAGCCCAAUUAAAAUAUAAUACUCUAUAUGCAACCAUCCUCAGAAUCGAUUUUAAAAAAAAUCUUUACAUCAUUAAAAAAAAAACAGAAACUUGCAAAAUCGAGGAGAAGCUGAUUAUGAACAUAAUAAGAAUAAAAUUGGAAACAGAUAUCCAUCUUGAGAGACUCUAGAUGUAGGUAUAAACAUAUGAGACUUGGAGUCAAAAAGCUCAGCCCAUUGAGGCCUAUUUAGUAAAUAGGAUUGUAUCUGGUCUAACAAAGGGUAGCCGAAUCAAAGCACUGUUGGUACAGAUUUUAUUGAUUAGGUGUCAAUUUGGAUACAGAAGUACUCAUAAAAAUAUUAAAACAAAUGUUACAUAUAAAUUAAUUUAUUAAAAUAUUAUAAAUCAAUAUUUAUAAAUAUUAGAAUGAUUAUAUAAACAAAUAUUACAGUAUUUGGGUAGGGAACUUUUAUUAUUAUUUUAUAUGGCUUAAAUAUAACAUUCAUAAUAUAAGAUACAAAUAUAAAAUAAUAUAUAAGAGUUAAGUAUAAAAGAGUAACAGGUUAUAUAGGUUGUAUGAUAAUGGAUAUGUAAUGGGCAUAGGGGGGUAUGUUCUGUGUGUAAUCUUCACAUUUGUAAGCCCAGGGAAUUCAGCUAUUGAACUGUCUCUGUUGUGGCUGUAUGUAGUUCUUUCAUAAAUCCUUGUAAUCGUUGAAUAGUACACUCAUCAAUGAUGCGUGUAGUAGUUUGCUUUUCAUAUCCGCAUGUGGAUCUUUGUGAGGGUCUCAGUUCUUAUUUGUGAAGCAUGUGUUCUGUUCUUCCAAAACCCGUUUGGAAUCUGUUACAACCCAGUCCCUUCUCAAGAGGUCAGAGCUAUGUACUUCUUCCAUUGAGUUAUCAAUUAAAAUUUAGUUUGUCAGGAUUGCUGUUUUUCCAUUCAUUAUUCGCAUAUGAAUUGAAUUUUCCGAGAUUAAUUUUUGGAUGAGCCUCUAGGUGGGUUUCCUAAAUUUAGUCUUAUGUUAGAACCAAUAUUUAUAUCAUUAUGUAUUCGGAGUAGAUAAAUAGCAUUUAGUCUACUCUCAUAUUAGCAAGUUAUAUCGUUGUAAGUGGUGUUGUCUUAAAUUACUCAAUACGAGCAGCCGUUUCGUGGGAGUAGACUUAAUCGUUCUUGUGAUAAUCCUUAUGGUUGAAUUAAGUUGAGUAUCUACUAUCCACUAUAUUUGUGUAGAUACUUUGUAGCCAUACAGGUGAGCAAUAAUAAAGGUUAGGUAACUAACAGGUUUAUUUAGAUAUUGGAAAAUGUACAAAUUGUAUGCAUGUAUAAUAGCAUUACUUAUGAGUUAUGACUAAAGCAUUAAGCUAACUUAGUUCAAAAUCUAAUAACACAUAAUUAGUGAAAAUAAGCUAUUUGUCAUUUAAUAUUUUUAUUUAGCCUUAUUUUAAUUAAUGCCAAUGGUCAUUUUUUCUUAAAAAUAAACUAAAUUUGGACAUCCAGUUUAUAUUACAUUGUAUUAUAUAUUGUUAGAUAAAACAAACUAUAGGCACCAAUCAAGUAAUAAAUAUUGUUUGACUUUAUAAUUAUUAUUUCAGAUAUUUCGUAUAUAUGGGAUCAGAAUUUGAAUAAAUGGGAAGUUGAAAUUAAGCCAAUAAAGGAAACUAUUAGUUUGAUUGAAGAAAAAGAUUUAAAUGAUGAUUAUGAUGGUGAAGAAUUUGAUGAUGACGAUGAAAAAGUUACAAGAUCUGUAAAGCGACAAGAUAUGAGUAAAGGAAAAUAUGGUCAUGAUGGAAUAACUCAAACUUAUACUGAUCCAGCUGAUGGUACAGUUUAUAUUUGGGAUAGAGAGAAAAAUGCAUGGUUUCCAAAGGUAUUAUAAACUAGCUUAGACAGCUGGUCUGACAUUAGUUUUAAAUGUUAUUAACUUUAAUUUGAUUUAAAACAGAUUUUCAGCUCUAAGUAUAAAUUUGUGUUAAUCUAACAGUUCUAAUAAUAAUUGUAGUUUUAUAUAAAAUAUGUUGUCAUACAAUUUAAUAUUUUUAUCAUAUUAUAUAUCUCGAGUUCUAAUAAUAUUGAAAAGCUACACAUAAAUUAAUUUUUAAAAUGUACAUUUAUUUGUAAACAAAAUCACAUUUGGUAUUAACACAGUGAAUUAUUAAAUUUAUUUUAAACAAAACCUAAUCUAACUUAACCUAGCUCUUUAAGCUAAAAUAUUGAUGUUUUUGUUUAUAAUAUUUUUAAACAGAAUUUUGGAAAUUUUUUUAUAUACCUUAUUUUAACAAAAUAUAUGUUUAGUAUGUGUACAUUUAUAUAUAUUUAUUUAGUAUUAAAUAUUACAUAAAUUAAAUUUAUUAUGUAUGUGACUACAGGAUUAAAACAAGGUGAUGCUUUGUCUCCAAUUUUAUUACAUAUAAAGCUAAAAAGUUUUUGAGAGACAUAAUAAUAGAUUAAAGAAGUGUCAGACUAAGAGAGACACACAGUGUUCUUUUAAAAUAUGUAGAUGACAUUAUACUGAUGACAGAAAAUAAAGAGCAACUUAAAAACUAAUCCAAAAAAUUGAUUUACUCCAGCCCACAAAAGAAGGAACGUGUUCGUACAUGCAACUGACGAUGUUGAACGUCUCGGGAGAACUAUUUUCAUUACUCAAACAUUCCUGGUGGAAAUUUGUUGCUGCUUAUUUACCAUUAUACAGUUAGUAAGGUAUUAUUGGUGAAGAUGUGCAAACUCUGAGGAGUUGUUUGAGACAGAGGUUCCUUUUUUCGUAAGUUGAGUAUAGAAUCAGCAAAACGCAUAAAACUGGAGAUAAUUACUCAAAAACUGAAUAAAUGGUAAUCCAGAGAGAAGCAACCCCAGGUAACAAAAGUAGAUGGUUAAAAGUUAAGGCCAUACAUUUAAAAGAAUACAACAGUUUAAUUACUUAUUGCUUAUACAACAGAACGAUAUAAGUAGUGAGAUAAAAACGAGAACUUAAGCUGAUGAUAAGUACUAUUAUGGAAUGAUGGAGCUGAGAUUACUACAAUCAAGAGCACUGUCAACAAAUUUGAAAAUUCAAAUUAUAAGAUGCUUAUCAAACCAGUUGUAACCUAUGGGUUGUAAACAUGGACACUACAGAAGGCAGACAAAAAUUUAAUAACUAUAUUCGAAAAAAAAGUGCUCAAAAAAAUAUAUGGUUCAUGUAAAGGCGUAAAUACUGAACUUAAAGAGAUGUAUCAAAAUAUUGAGAAAGAUAUCACCAAGAAAUGAAUCAUCUAAGUUACUGCUAAGGAAAGUCCUAGAAAACACACCUCAAGGAAAUAACCAUUAAAUUGCCCAAGAUUUGAGAAGACAGUAAAAAAAAAUGUAGAAAAAAUUAAACAACUUUGUUAUCAAUUUUUUCUUACUUACUUAUUUGUGUGUAUAAUAUUGAUUUUAUGAAUAAUUUUUAUUAUAUACCUACUAUAAAUGAUCAAUUUUAUUUAAUAUUUUGUUUUUAGAUUGAUGAUGAUUUUUUGGCGCAUUAUCAACUUAGUUAUGGAUUUAAUUCAAUUGAAAAUACUUCUGAAAGUGGCAAUAACACCAAUAUAAACAAAGUAAAUUCAAAGAUAGCUGAAAUUCAAACUAUAGUUAAUCAAUUUGAAUGUGGUUCAAUUAUUCCUAUUGAAAAAGCUGAACCGGAAAAAAAGAAACUCUCACAACCUUCUGAACCAAGUAAAAAUAAGUUUACUAUUAUUGUACUAAUUAUUUAAAUACCUAGUAAAUGUUUGAUGCACCAAAUUAUUUAAUUGUUUAGAUUGGUUUGAAAUCGAUGAAGAACAUAACACAAAAGUAUAUGUUUCAAAUCUGCCAUUAGAUAUAACUGAACAAGAAUUUAUUGAUCUUAUGCAAAAGUGUGGACUUAUUAUGAAAGAUAUUGACAAUGGACGAAUGAAAAUUAAACUCUACACUGAAAGAGGCACAGAUAUUCUUAAAGGAGAUGCUCUAUGCACAUAUAUCAAGGUACGAGUAUUAGGUAUUUAAUUCAAUGUUAUAUAUUAAUACUGUAAUUAACUAUGUAAUACAAAAAAAUUCUAAGUCAUAAAAAGUUUUAUCAAUAAAUAAUAUAAGUAUUAUCAUAAUGUGUAAACAAAUAUUAUUAUGCAAUUGGAAAUCUUUGUUUCAUAAGAUAUAAUAAUUAAUUAUUUUAAUAAUAUUUCAUUAAAUUGAGUUAUGAUUUUAGAUCUUACAUCUUUAAUAUCUUAAUAUAUAAUUGAAUAGUUAAGUAUACAAAUAAGUAUGGUUAAUUCACAACAAAUAAAUGUGGUUAUUUUAAUUUAAAAUUUUAAAUAUCUUAUUGAGGAAAUUGUUCAUUCACACUUUUUCAUUUUCAAUAUUCUUUUACUUGAAAGUUGUAUUCUUGCCACAGUAGAUUUCAGGCACUUCCAUUCUAUAUUAUCUAUAUUGUGUUAGAGGAAAUUUUUGAAGGCAAUUAUUUUGUCCAACAGGAAAUAUAUUAUAGUAAUUGUUAUUUAAGUUCCAAAUAGUGUAAUUGUUACAUCUGUAACUAAAUUUUAGCAUUAAAGUUUUUAACACCCCCGCAAUCAAAUUUAAAGUGGUUAAUAUUUUCAACUGUAUUUUAUAAAUAUAAGUGUGAGUAAAGUAUCAGUACCAAUGAGAUAUAUACAUAAUGUUCCAUAAAGAUAUACCCAUUGCAAUAUUUUCUGAGAUAAUAAAGAUAAUCAAAUAACAUUUUUUUUUAUAUAUAUUACUCAUAGGGAUAAAGACUUCAAAUAUGUAUAUUUUAAUUAAAUCUGUAUGUUUUGGUAAAAAUACUAAAAAAAAAUAUUAUUUUAUUUAUAAUUUUUGAAAAAUUUGAAGAUAGCCAUAUUAUAGAGUUUAUUUUUCUAAAAAAAACUUAAAAUGUCAACAUUUUUCAAAAAUAAUAAAAUUAAAUUUUUUUUAAAUUUUUUUUUUACCAGAACAUUCAAAUAUAUUUUUAUACAAGUAUAAAACACAUGUAUACAUUUUUCUAAAAAAUACCUAAUGAAGAAGUGAUUAUGCCUCUAAAACCCCCAUUGUUUCUUGUUAACUAAUUAACAGCUAAAUCGAAGUUAUUUAUCACUGAUACCUUUUUAGUUAAAUUGAUUGAUUUUAAAAUAUAACUGUGUUAAACUGUGUUGUCUAUACACUCUGGUUGAGCUUUUGAUUCACAAAUAAAGUAUUUUUUUUGUAAACAGCUAUGUGCAGUCCAUUUGUAAUCAAUAUUUGGAUCAAGUGUUAUGCACUGCCAAUGAUCAUCUUGUUCAUUAUCAAAAUGUGGUAUUCUCUCAAAUUUAUUAUACCGAAUUUUACGACCUGAUGCUGCCCAUCUCCAAUGAUCAUGAUUCCAAUCAUAAAUACCUCCUAUCCAUCUUUCUUUUGUUUCUAAAAAAAAAAAAACCAAUGUAUACACAUUAUUUUGUAAUGAAUAGGUAACAAUUAUAUUUUUAAAAUAUUAGCUUAAAGACUUUUCGAUAAUAAUAAAUUUUAAAUACUAUUCAAAUAUUAAUAUACCUAUUUGUAUACAAUCAUAAUCUACAUUAGUUCACCAUGUAAUACCACAUUAUAUCAAUGCAUAAAAACAAAAUUAUCAGCCUAAUUUAAAAAAUUAUUAAAUUUUUCAACAAAAGAAAAUAAACAAAUCUUUUUCUCCAUCUCUUACAUUCUGCUAUUUGGAGUAAGCCAUUGAGAUAAUCUAGUUGAUAAAUUUAUCCACUGGCUGUUGAUCUGACACAACCCUAUUUAUCAUUUCUUAGAACAGGUAGAGGUGUAAAGGUACCGAGGGAGUACUCUGAUUCCCAGGAAUUAAAAGAAAAACUUAUCAUUGAUUUAAAUAAGAGAUAGCUAAAAUUGACUUAUUGUAUAAGCAAUGUUUUUGUUAAUUUAUAAAUUUUCAUCUUUGAGAAUUAAUACUUAUUAUUUACACUAACAAUUUAUUAUUUUUGAUUAGUUUACACUAGCAGAUUUAGAUAAUAUGUAUUUAUGUGAAAAAAAAAACUAAUCAAGUAUAUUAUAUAAUAUUUACCUAAAUAAAUUCAUAAUAGUGAUUAUAUUAAUAUUAAAAUGUAUUAUUAUUCAGUAUAACAAACUGAUUUGUAGUAAUUUAAAAUAAACUAGAUCAUUUAAAAUAUUUAAUUAAUUUUAAAUAAGUACACAAUUCUUUUUUAAAAAUUCAAAAAAUAUAACAUAAUUUAUUAAUAUUCAAUAGCAAUUGUUUAAUAAAAAUAAUAAAUUACCAUUUUUUCUGUAUUUUAAAAAUUUUCUUAUAUUAUGAUCAUUCACUUCCUUUGGAAGCAUAGCAAGUUUACUUCCUUUUGCUAAGUAUUUACAUUCAAAAUAAGCCUCUUGCCAAGAAGAUUUGUUUGUACUUAAAUAAUAGCAGUUAUUUCCAAAUUUUGAAAAACCAUUUUGACAGUUAUACACCAACUUUGAUUCAGAUUUAUGAUAUGAAACUAAAUUAAAAAAUAAAUUUAUUAAUAUUUUAAAAAUUAAAUUGUAUUACUUUUGUUUAUACAUACCAAUAAAAAUAAUAUAUAGACAAAAAAAUAUUAAUUUUACUAAUUGAUUAUAAUUCAUUUUUGAAAAAAAAAAUCUUAAAAGUACUUUGAUCUUUGCUUGGUCAGUUACACUUUAAUACUAAAUAUGUUACUGUUCAGACCUCAAUAUUAUAGUUUUCUAUUUAUUAUUCAACCUUCAGGCGAGUUCAGUUUAUCCAGUCAAUCAUAAAAUAGCAUGCUAAUUAUUUCAAUAGCUGUUAAUAUUAAUAUUAUUAUUAUUAUUUUUUUUUUUUUGACAAAAUAAAUUAUCAAAUAAACCAGUUUGUUAGUUUAUUGGAACUUAUAAUUAUUAAAUUUUUGUCAUAAUUAGUAAUGCUGUAUUGAGUAAUAGAUUUAAAAUAGGUAAAAUUAAUAUUUUCUAAAAAGUAUAUUUUUAAAACAAUUUUAAAAUUACAAUGUCUCUUCUAAAUAUGGCAAUGUAGUUAAUACAAAUAUAAUAAUAUAUAUAUAUAUAUCAAGCAUUUUAAAGAAGUUUAAACAAAUUGCAAUUAUUUUUAUAUUUUAAAGAUUUUAUGUUUUUUUUUUCACAUUCAUAGAACACUUCAUAUGCUUCAUAUUUCUGAAUAUCUUUAUAAAACAUAAAUAAUAAUUUUUUGUGAGUUUUAUUAAAUGGCAAUUGAUUCCAAUGUUGAAUUGUGAAUCCAAUCAUUUUGAUGCACAGAAUUAAUGUAUUUAUAUAUUGAAUUUUAAAAUAAUACCUAAUUAUUAUUAAUAUUGUAUUAAAAAAUAUGUUUAUUUAUUUUUUAAAUUAUAUUUUGGCUAAAAUAUAGAUUUUUAAUUUUUGUUGAUCAGAGCAUUAAAUUAAAUUUUUUUUAUGACUUCUCUAAAGUCCUAUCUGUUUAUUUCUACUCAGUUAUUGCCCCAAGCCUCAAAAAAAUAUUUGUUAAAGAAAAAUUAUAUUUAAAAUAUCACUUUAAAAAACUAUACUAGCUCUAUUAAAAACCAAAAAGAACAUAAUACUAUAAUUUUAUAUAAUUUAAUGUAUUUAAUCUUAUAUAUGUGUAUAUAGUUGCUUAUUAUAUUUUAAUUUAUACUAUAUCUAAAACAUAGCAAGUUGAAUAUAAUUAUACAAAACAUAAAAAUGGUAGAAAAUUUAAGUAGGUUAAUUUAUUGUUUACUGCUAUAUAGGUAGUUAUGAUUUUUUAUAACAUUAUAACAUGACAUUGAAAAUAGCUGUUUAGUUGUUAUACUUACUUUAAAGCUAUAAUUAAUACUUCUUUCACCAAUAAUCAGAAUAUUAUUAAAUUUUAGAAAAAUAUAGUUAAACUGUUAUUACUUUUUUAAUAACUAUUUAAUAAUUAUUAUGUUUUCAAUUGAUGACGUAGGUAAUCUUUUUUUUUAGUAGAAUAUAAAUUAAAUGUUAUAUAAAACAAUUAUUUUGAUAUUAGAUUUUUCUUAUAUUUUAUAUAAAUUUAAAAUAAUUUUAUUUGUAGUGUUGUAAAGUGUUUUUAAAAUAAUAUGUUGAUUUCCAUAAAUAUAUAUUGUAUUCGUGUUAUGUAUAGAUAAAGCUAUUUGUGAUAUUUAUAAGAUAUUUUUCCCGAAGACACUCCUAAAAACGAACAAUAUAAUUUCGAAGUUAACGCCCUUUCUAAAAUAAUUAUUAUCAUUAAAACCCAUAUAUUGUUCAGAUGCAUUCAACCAAUUUACCACUCCUUAAAAGUUCCAAUAUAAGAUGUUAUUACAUGUGUGCAUUGUUAUUUGAAUAUCAUAUUUAAAAUCAAGGUGCAAUACCAAAUGUACAAAUUAUAAGUUCUGAGAGGACUAGAAUUUGUUUGAAUAAAAUAAUCUGAAACAAUUUUAAGUACAUUACAUCAUUACUAAUAUCUUAAUGAUUGAACACUAACUCUGAGAUAUAAUUUCCAUAUAUCUCUAUUAGACACUGAGAAAUUGAGUUAGGAUUUUAAAAAAUAAAAAAUAACCAUUUAAGUUAUUAUCAUCAUGUUCAACUAAUAUCACGGUAAACUAUGAUUUCGACAUACAUCAUUUAACCUAACCGAAAUAAUAUAGUUAUAUUUGUAUUAUUUAAUGGUUACCUAUAAAUUAACUAUGAAAUAUUAUGGGGCUUGGAUACACCCAUAGAAUGUCAAGGUCAAGUUUCUGUUUUUGUUUCCUUUAGGUUAUAGGCAUACUUAUUUCUAUCAAUCAUCCGCCAAUAUUCUCAUGUAGUUAUGAAUAUUAAUUCAGACAAUUCUAAUGUGAAUCAUAAAUUUGAAGUAGUGAUGCUUUUAUGACAUCAUAAACAUUACCGAUGACAAAAUCAUUAAAUUAACCUUAUAACUUUCAAUUUUCAAUGACACUACCAAUGAAGAUAUUAGAUGCUGUGAAAAACACAAUAUUGUUCAGCUGACAAAUUAAUGAAAUUAUGAUUUUUUAGAAAGAAUCUGUAGAUCUAGCACUUAAGUUAUUGGACGGUUACAAAUUUCGAGAAAAGGAGAUUUGUGUAGAAAAAGCAAAGUUUACAAUGCGUGGAGAAAAAUAUGACCCAUCAUUGAAACCAAAAAAGAAAAAACGAAAGGACAAAGAAAAGAUAAAAAAAAUUCAAGAAAAGUAAUUUUUAUCACAUAAUUCAAUGUCAAAUAAUUCACAAUCACUAUUUCUGAAGAUUUAAAAUGAAUACCUAUUUUUAUCACUCACUGUAUUUUUACACUAGACAUAUGUUUCAUACCUAUUUUUUAAUUUUCAAAUGAGAUUUUACACAUUUAUUUAUUAUAUUUAUGCUAUUUUAUUCUAUUUAAAUUAAUUUGUAUUAUUUAUUAUUAUAUAUUUUUAUCUUAUUAUGAAAUUUAACUUUCUACCACCAUCACAAGAAUUGUGAUUAAAAGAGAAAAAAAGUAACCAUUUUAAUUUAUAUGUAAUUAUAUAAUUAUGUCUUUACAAUAAAAUUAUUUAAAAAAAAAUUUUAAUUUGAGGCACAAAGAAAAGUAAUUUUAAAAUAAAUUAGUAAUAGUAUCCAUCCUGUUUAGUUUAAAUUUAAAUAUAUUUACUAUCUAAUUGAAAUUAAUAAGUUAAUGUGCAUCAAGAUUUUAAAUAAAUUAUCUCUUUGUAAAAAAAAAUUUAUUCAGUUUCUUCAGGAAUGAUUGCUUUGAUGAUAGCAAUUUAUUUGUUUUACAUAAUCUAUGUACUAAAUAUUUUUCUAAGUUAUAACUUUUUUGAUUCUUAUAAGGUUAUUUGAUUGGAGGCCCGAUAAAAUGAGAGGCGAACGAGGAAAACAUGAAAGUGUUGUGAUUGUUAAAAAUUUAUUUGAAAAAGAAACAUUUGACAACGAUGUGUCAUUACUUUUAGAAUAUCAAAGGGAUCUUAGAGAAGAAUGUUCAAAAUGUGGUGUUGUGAAAAAAGUUAUAGUGUAUGAUGUAAGUAUAAUAAUUUCUCAUUUCUGUUUAGCAGUUUAAGCAUUGGUCCAAUGUAUUCUAAAAUAACAGAUGACAUAAAAAAUGUUAAUACAAUUAGUACCAUUAUUUAUCACAUUAUUUUAUUUUAUUUUACUGUUAAAAUAAGUUAUAGAAAAACUACUACCAAAUUUUAUACAAAAUAAGAGCAUUCUAUAAAUAUUUUCUUUACCUUGUAUAUAAUGAAUAUUUAUUUAUUUUUUUUUUUUUCAGAGACAUCCUGAGGGUGUUGCUCAAAUUAAUUUCAAAGAACCCGAUGCAGCUGAUGCUGCUGUACAACUAUUGAAUAAUCGGUGGUUUGGACAAAGAAAAAUUAUUGCUGAAACAUGGGAUGGAAAAACAAAAUACAAGUCUGUAUAAAUUAAAAUAACUAAAGAUAAUGACAUAAAUUGGUUGUUUAUACAUACUUUAUAUUUUUAAUAUUUAGAGUAAUUGAAACACCCGAAGAAACUGAAGAAAGGUUAAAGAAAUGGGAAGCUUAUUUAGUAGCCACAGGUAGUACAGAAAAAAAUGAUGCUCAUGAAUCCGAUAGUGAUUCAGUAAAAACUAAAAGUGGUGGAGAAAGUGAUGAUGAAACACCAUCAACAAAUCAAACUUUAAAUAAUUAAAGUAAUAGUUUUUAUAUAAAUACUAUUUGUUUUUAGAUUAUAAAUGUAUAACUUAUAUGGUUAUUAGAAAUAAUAAUGAGGUAAAAAAAAAAUGAAUUAUAAAGCAGUAAUAACAUAUUCUAAACGUUUAUUAAAUUGUAUUAUAAAUUCAAUGGCAAAAACACCUUUAAGUUGAUCUUGGAUAAACCAGUAUGAUUAACAUUACUAAUACAAAUAUCCAUUUAUACCUAUACAACCAAAAAAAAAAAAAAUGUAUAUUAUUUUUAAACAUUUUUUGAACAGUACAGAUUAUUCAAAUAUAUUAUAAUUUUUUUUUUUAAAGUUUUUUGUUUAAAUAAUGCUGAGAUAAAAUUAUGUAAUUAUAUUUUUACUAAGCUUUACAUACAUUUUUAGUAACAUUGUUGUGAGUUGUUUAAUAUAUUAUUUCCAUAUUAGUGUUUUUAUUUAUACUGUAUUUAAACUAUACAUGUAUAGUUUUAUUUAUUAUUAUUACCUAUCAUAAAUAAUAAUUUCACAAAUUCUGUUAAUGGAUUAGUUUCAAAUGUUAAAGAAAACUCAUCUCCAACAGCAUUCCAAUUAGUUGAUGCCGGAGUGAUACCCAAAUACAUUUUAAAUGCAUACUAGGUAUAAUGAAACACAAUGAUAAGUUAUAAAUAUUUUAAUAAAUUGUAAUUUAGUAUAACUUUAAUAGAGUUUCUCCUGUGAAAGACUUAGGUAUUUGGCUUUCUACCAAUUUAUUGUUUAAAUUACACUUAGUAACAAUUUAUAAAAAAAAGUGUUAAAAGUUUUAUUUUAAUUACACGCAAUACAAAAGAAUUCAACAAUCCUUCUGGAACUAAAGUGCUUUAUUGUUCAUUAGUAUGUUCCAUUCUGGAAUACUAGUCUGUUGUAUGGAACCUAUUCACUGGUAUUUGGGUAAAUAAACUUGAAAGUAUUUAAAACUACUUUCUACAAUUUUUAGUAUCUAAAUUAAAAUUACCAAUUAAUGAUUUUAGGUUUUAAGAGGGUUUUAUUUAUGCACAAAUAACAAUUAAAAAAACUAACUAGUUGUAGCUAGUCUGCAGAUCUGGUAAUUGUAUUAUGGUAUACUUAUCUAUGGGUACAUCCGGACCUAGCCAAUUUUCUACGAAAUUAACACAAUAUUAGAAGUCUCUCAUUUAAAUAUUUAUAUUAUUUUAUUUAACCUACACAGAAUAAUAUUUCUAUCUACGCCGUUGUUAGCAAUCUAUAUUCCUCUAGCACGAAUUAAGAUAUACGACAGUAUAUUAUAUAUCUUAAUUCGUGUUCUCUAAUACGUAAACGUAUAUCGUAUAUUCCAUAAACAUAGUAACUAAAACCUAAACUUUUUUUUUUUUGGUUUAUUCCAGCUAAUGAUAAGAACCAUUUAUUUUAUUAGUGAUACAUAAAACAAUUAGAUAACCGACUGCUAGACAGGCCUAGAAGACCUAGACAGGCAUAUAUGAAACAAAUCAUGUUGGAUAUAGGAAGAGAGUCAUAUAUAGAAGUAAUGAGAGUCGUAAUGAAUAGAGAGGAAUGGAAGAAUAUUUCAUCGUUCAACCAAUCUACGGAUUGAAAAAAAAAAAAAACCGACUGCUAUAGUCCAUCAUUGAACUAUAUAAUAACUUAUGGU